AUCUCCCGUGACACCCGUGACACCCGUGACAGCGCAGCGACAGCCGCUGGGCCGUGCACCACAGCUGUUGGUUCCGAUCCUUCCAAAACUGACAGGCGAAAGCGACCUGUACGAGACUGUACUUCCCCUGGUCAAGGCAAUGACAACCCCCUUGAUCGCAUCCUUGUCGCGCAUCGCACGCUCUGAAGGUGUCGCAGGAGAAGUCGCACAGCCAUCAUGCGAAGGACGCGACGGUUCACAGCCGGCUCAUGCGAGAUUCGCGAGUCCGUUCCGGCUCUGUCCGAGUGCCUCCCGCCUCAUCUGAGCGUGACAGUUACUGUGUCCAUGGCGCAGAGGGCCUGCUACUCAGUUUCGUCGCCAUGCCAUGCACACGGACACUGUAUCGCAUGCCGUACUCAGUGCGACUGGAGGCGCUGAAAAGGAUGGCCUGGUAUGAUGCCUAUGAGAUGGACUAACGUCAGUAUCGAAGGAGCUACGCCGCGAGAUGAUGCGACGCGACGUCACAUAUCGCAGCUUGGAUGUCGGAUUGCGAACCUCGCGUCUUUCGACGCGCCCUGGGCGACGACCCUACUUUCGUCGCCCAAUGGCAUGCGGGCGGGGUGUUUCGCGCUUACCCCGAGGAAGCGUCUCAGCUCGCGGCACCAUGCGAUGGCUAACGUCAGUAUCGAAGCGGUUAUUCCGCUUGACGGCUCGCGUUUCCCUCGAGUAAAAAGGACGGUCGUUUGGGUCAGCAAACACACCGCAACCCCCCGUCUUCCUAUCUCUCAAGCUCUUACCCUGUCUGUGUUCCUGCUACAUACUAUAGCCCACUCCUCACUCAGGCUGCUACUUCUCCUUGCUCCCGGUGCUCCUGCUUCCCACAGCCUCCGGCCUGCUGUCACCUGCACCCAUCUCCUUGCCCUCGUUGGGCCCCCGCUUAUCUUACCUCCAGUCACUUGGCUCGAAACGGGUAGCCAAGCCACAUCGCACGCACCUUCAACUCUCACUUUAGAUUCGUCUCUCUCUCUCCGCCAUGGCCGGCCUGCUCGACCUCGACACGCCCGUGGUGCUCACCAACGCGGCGCCCUCUAACGAGGAUGCGUCUGCCGUCUCCGACUUCGUCGCCAGCCUCUCCCUUAACGGAUCCGCUCUUAACGCGUCCAACUCCGGCCCCGCGGUGCCCGUGGGGGGGGAUGCCUCCAGCUUGGCGCAUAUCCUGGGCAUCGGGACGAGCAACCCGGACCGCAAGGUCAGCCAGGAGGAGUUUUACGAGAAGUUUGUGACGACGCUGCCAUUUCCGGAUAAGAAGACGGAGGACCUCUCGAAGCGAAUCAUUGAGAACUGCGGCAUCAAGACGCGCCACCUGGUGCACGACAGCGACAUUUUCAACACCUACGAGGCCAUCGCCAACUUUGGCUCGCCCUCCCUGGACCAGCGCCUCAAGCUCUGGCUGGAGCCCGCCAUUGCCCUGGGCAAGGAGGCAAGCGAGAAGGCCAUCAGCGACUGGGGUGGUGAUCGCAAGGACAUCACUCAUGUCAUCACCUUCUCGACUUCCGGCAUCCACUGCCCUGGCCUGGACUUUUGCCUAAUCAAGCAGAUGGGUUUACCCCAGACCACGAAGCACCUGUACGUGAGCUACAUGGGGUGCCAUGCGGGCGUCAUCGGGCUGCGCACCGCCGCUGAGAUCGCUGCUGCCGACCCGAGACACCGCGUGCUGUGUGUGGCGGUGGAGGUCAACUCGGUGAACGCGCAGUCGCUCAACCCCGACAACCUCAUCAACAACAUCAUCGUCGAUUGCAUCUUUGCUGAUGGUGCUGGCGCAUUCAUCCUGGGCUCCAAGCCCAGGGAGGACGAGAAGCCUGUGUUCGAGGUGCACCGCCACGGCACCACGUUCAUUCCUGACAGCGAGGAUGUGAUCACAGCCAACGUGGUGUGCCACGGGCUCGACGUGGGGCUCAAGAAGACCCUCCCCGAGCUGGUGGGCAACAGCGUGAACCCCUUUGUGCGCAGCCUGGUGGGCGAGCUGAGCUACAGUGACAUGCUGUGGGCGGUGCACCCGGGCGGCAAGUCAAUUGUGGACAUGACUCAGCGGGGGUGCGGGCUCAAGUCCAAGCAGGUCCAAGUCAGCAGGGACAUCCUUCGGGAGUAUGCCAACAUGGCAUCUUGCACCAUCGUGUUUGUACUCGAUAAAGUGCGCCGCGAUAACCGUCAAAAGAAGGGUGACAAGUGGACUCUAGCACUGGCCUUUGGCCCUGGAGUGUCUGUGGAGGGUACACUCCUCCGGCUGGUCGAUUCGAGGACCGAGUAGUGCUGUAGCAGGGCAAUUUACAAAUUGUAGUGUGUAAUAUGUUAAAUCUAAUUGUGGAAAGCUUUCUGGUUUUCCUUGCUUGGGUAAUGACAUGCACCAACCAUCAUGUACUCGGCUCGGGCUCUUUUGGUGCUUGGC